AUGUUCGGGCGGUGCUCCGAGCAGUGCGAGGUCCUGGAGCCCUGCGAGUGCCAGGAGUCGUGGCAGAGCGAGGAGGACCCCGGCUGCGCCGAGCUGCAGCUGGGCUGCCCCGCGGUGCCGUGCGACGCCAUCGCCGAUCCCGGUUCGUAUGAGCCGUGGUGCAAGGUGAAGAACCCUGGCUGCGCGACGGAGGAGUUCAAGGGCUGGUCCUACUGCAGCGGCCUCCUGGAGCUGGGCGGCGGCGGCGGCGUGCCGUGGCUGGGGCCGCUGCGGCAGAGCGAGGGGCAGGGCUGCGCGGGCGGCCUGCGCGGCGAGGCCGGGUACCGCGGCAACCUGGCGACCACGCUGGAGCAGUGCAAGGCGCUCUGCGCCGCGGAGGAUCGAAGAAACCAACCCCCGACCUUCUACACAAGCGUCGCCGGAUGCGAGGAGGAAGCGUGCCUGGUGGGGCUCCAGCCCACCCGCUGCCGCCUGUCGGAGUCCUGCGAGCUGGCGCCGGCGGGGGACUUGCUGGCGGUGGUCUUCCAGAAGCAGGCUGCCGCGUCCGACUGGGAGGGUACUCCAUCUGCCCGCUUUCGUAAGGGUUUCCUCCUCGGCGCCCUGACCAUCGGCCUGAUGGCGGUAUGCCUGAUGUGCGGGCCUUGCUUCAAGCUGGAGCGGCAGAGCGCGCGAGGCGACCUGAUAUUCAACAACGGCAGAACUAUCCUCGAGGGUGCGGACACUGACGACCGCACGGACCCGAUAUGA